AUAAAGGCCCUUCUGCCCUCACCGCCAGGUCACGGUUACUGUUCAUGUGGACGCUGUAUCUGCAAGGAGGGCUGGUUCGGGAAGCUGUGCCAGUUCCCCAGGUCUUGUGACAUGAGUGACGUUCAGAGCAAAGAGCUUUGUGAGACUUCUGAUGGUGUCAUGUGCAGUGGAAAAGGUUCCUGUCACUGUGGCAAAUGUAUGUGCUCAUCCCAAGACUGGUGGGUGUCCGGAGAGUACUGCGAGUGUGAUGACCGAGAGUGUGACAAACAUGAUGGCCUCAUCUGUACAGGGAAUGGGUUGUGCAAUUGCGGCAACUGUGAGUGCUGGGACGGCUGGACGGGAAACGCUUGCGAAAUCUGGGUGGAAGCGGAGUACUGACGAGAGGACACUAGUGUUAGAGACAAGAGGCCUGGCUGCCCGGAGCGACCAGGAGCACGGUGGUCACGACUAGGCUGGUAAAACGCCACAGCCAGGAAAACCACGAGAGGAGGGAGAAGAAAAAACUAAACAUGGAUGUAAUUCUGCAUAUCACUAACAGCAUUCCUUCUUUUAUUGUACUGGUUACAAAUGAUCCUUAUACAAGUGGGUAUUGUAGGUGUAAAAGAAACAUAUUACCAUGUAAACAUUUGUUUCCAAAACAGCUUUAUGUAUAAUUUACCUUUUUAUAAUGUAGGAACGCUUACAUAUUCAAGAUGGCUACACAUAAUAGGAUGCAGGUACAUGACAAAUCCAAAUGUUGUAAAGGGAAGAAUUAUUAAAGUUACAUUUUUGGAUA